UGACCAGCCAUUAAAAAUUUCUAAAGGUCACGCUCAUAAACGUAAAGAAAUGUAAUGCGUAGCUUUUAUUUAUAAAACACUUGUAUAUAUUUUUCAUGUAAAAUGCUAAAUAUUUUCACGAAAUAAUUUAAAGCUUAUAUAAUUCUCUCAAUAGCUAUUUUUCUUUUAUUAUUAGUAAUCGGGUAGGUAAAUUUAGCAUUAAAUCAGAAGUUACAUGUCAGCUAUUUCACUCAAAAGGCGAUUCUGAGCACUAAACAUCACAAAAAGAGAACCGCUGCAACCUUGAAUGAGAAAGUACAUUUCCCCAUUAUUUAAACAACGACGGUUUUUUUUUAAAACAUAGAAGGCUCAAGAACCGCGUGUUCUUUAUUGCCCCAUCUCUGCUAAUGGCUUUGCGGGACCGUCAGCUAGGGUGCACGUGGAACUACUCAGCCUUUGGGCGGCAGCGCCUCGCAGGGACCGCGGACCAGGUGGGCGGACGGCCCGGGUCGCGCGGGCCACCUCCCCCGCCUCGAGCCAGCCCAAGCGCCGCCCGUCCCCGCCAUCAGGCUGCCGCCUCCGCCGCUUCACAGAGAAGGCUGGAGACCCGCCCCUGAAGGUGAUUGACGUGCCGUGUCCUCCAAUAGCCAACGCGCUCGGCCGCGGCGGGCUGGGCAAGGGCCGGGGCUCGCGGAGGAAUCUCUUCUGCCCUUUAGUCCCGGGCUAGGUGUUGCGGCUGGCGCCAUUUUAUCGAGCCGCCUGUCUCGGGUGCCGCCAUGUUGGUGAGGAGAAAUCACCGUUACGGCCACUGUCCAAAUCCCCGCGUCGCUGCACGCCGCCCGCCCGGCCGCUCCCAAGCCUCAGCCACCGGCGGCGAAUAGAGACUAAAGCGGCAGCGCCGGCAGCGCGGGGCCGUUGCCCAGUGUGUGCAGUUAGAGCCCCACCUCUCUGGCGUGGUUGUUAAUAGACUGGAAAGUCUGUGUCUGUGUCGCUCACUAGUAACCGUGAGUUUUUCCCACUUCGUCACCUCUCGGCGGCGGCCGGGAGCAGGUGCCCGCAGGCGGCGCAGGGGGCCUCCCCGCGCCCCGCCGCCGCCGGCCUCGCAGACCUGCCCUCCAGCCCCGCCCCGUUCUUGACCAAACAUGACAGACUGUGAACAUGCAGGGCACGACAGAGAAGAUGGUGAAUUAGAAGAUGGUGAAAUAGAUGAUGCAGCAUUUGAAGAAACACAAGAACAGGAAGCAAAAGAGGAUGAAAAGCAGAAAAAUGAGAAAGCCUACAGAAAAUCAAGGAAGAAACACAAGAAAGAAAGAGAGAAGAAAAAAUCCAAAAGGAGAAAACGUGAGAAACAUAAGCAUAAUUCUCCAUCUAGUGAUGAUAGUUCAGACUACAGCCUUGAUUCAGAUGUUGAACAUACAGAAAGUUCCCACAAGAAAAGAACUGGUUUCUACAGGGAUUAUGACAUUCCAUUUCCUCAGCGUGGACAUAUAUCAGGAAGUUACAUAACAUCAAAGAAGAGUCAACAUAACAAAAAAUUUAAAAGUAAAGAAUAUGAUGAGUACAGUACCUACAGUGAUGACAACUUCGGUAACUACAGUGAUGACAAUUUUGGUAACUAUGGUCAGGAAACAGAGGAAGAUUUUGCCAGUCAGCUGAAACAAUACAGACAAGCUAAAGAAACCUCAAAUACUGCUUUAGGAUCAUCAUUUUCUAAAGAAUCAGGGAAAAAACAAAGAAUGAAGGGAGUUCAGCAAGGUAUUGACCAGAGGGUUAAAAGUUUUAAUGUUUGUCGUGGACGUGGUUUGCCGAAGAAAAUCAAACGCAAGGACCGUGGAGGAAGAGCCAAUAAAGGUCCUAAUGCCUUUUCAGGAAUGGAUGACUUUCAAGAGUAUAGUAAACCAGGGAAAAAAUGGAAAGUUAUGACUCAGGAAUUUAUUAAUCAGCACACAGUGGAACACAAAGGAAAACAAAUCUGUAAAUACUUUCUGGAAGGGAGAUGUAUUAAGGGAGAUCAGUGUAAAUUUGAUCAUGAUGCAGAGUUGGAGAAGAGAAAAGAGAUCUGCAAAUUUUAUUUACAAGGAUAUUGUACCAAAGGAGAGAACUGCAUUUAUAUGCAUAAUGAAUUUCCAUGCAAGUUCUAUCAUAGUGGAGCAAAAUGUUACCAAGGAGACAACUGUAAAUUUUCACAUGAUGAUCUGACUAAAGAAACAAAGAAACUUUUGGACAAAGUGUUGAAUACUGAAGACGAACCAACAAAUGAAGAUGAGAGAGAAUUAGAAGAACUUAGAAAGCGUGGUAUAACUCCUCUUCCCAAACCUCCUCCAGGAGUUGGGCUUCUGCCAACCCCACCAGAGCAUUUUCCGUUUUCUGAUCCUGAAGAUGAUUUUCAGACUGAUCUCUCUGAUGAUUUCAAGAAAAUUCCAUCUCUUUUUGAAAUAGUUGUAAAACCUACUGUGGAUUUAGCACAUAAGAUAGGGAAGAAGCCACCAGCAUUUUAUAACAGUGCCUCACCACCAGGACCACAAUUUCAGGAAAGCAGCCCACAUCCUCAACAUAUCUAUAGUUCUGGGUCAAGUCCGGGUCCUGGACCUAAUAUGUCUCAGGGACACAAUAGUCCUGUGAUGCACGCAGGCUCCCCUGGACAUCAUCCAUGUGCAGGACUUCCUGGUCUGCCAAUGCCACAGAGCCCACCUUUGCCACCUGGUCCACCUGGAAUUGUAGGCCCUCACAGUCAAGCUGGAGUACUUGUUCAACCAGAUACACCUUUGACACCACCAAGUAUGAGUGGUACUUACCAUUGCCCGGGCUUUCCAGAACACAUAAUGAAAGUACCUAGAGAGAAUCACUGUUCUCCAGGUUCAUCACACCUGCAAAAUCCUGGUGAAAUGCAGCUCACUGAUUAUGAGUCCCUACAAAACCCAACUGAAUUUUAUGAUAAUUACUAUUCACAGCAUGCUGUACAUAAUUUUCAGCCUCCCAAUAACUCUGGUGAUGGGAUGUGGCCUAGUGAAUUUGCCCAGCAUCAGCCUCCCGUUGUUCAAGACUCACCUAACCGUGGGAGUGGGUCAGACAGCAGCAGCAACCUAACAGGCCACGGUCCCCUGCCUGCACCAGGUCUUCUCCCUGCAGUACAGAGAGCUCUUUUUGUCAGACUUACUCAGAAAUACCAAGAAGGUGAAGAACCAAGCGGCACCCAACCUCAAAGGGUGCCAAGCAAGGAAGAAGAUGAUACUGUUAACUGGUAUUCCAGUAGUGAAGAGGAAGAAGGAAGCAGUGUCAAGUCAAUACUGAAAACAUUACAGAAACAAACAGAAACUUUAAGGACUCAGCAACAACCUUCCUCAGAACUCAGCCCUCCUACUGAUCCAAGACUUGCUAAAGAGAAAAGUAAAGGAAAUCAAGUUGUUGACCCUAGACUUAGGACUAUCUCAAGGCAAGACAUUAGAAAAUCUUCUGAGUCUACCCCACUGGAUCUUAGACUUGCAUGGGAUCCCAGGAAAUUAAGAGGGAAUGGAAGUGGUCACGUAGGCUCUUCUGUUGGUGGAGCAAAGUUUGAUUUACAUCAUGCCAGUGCUGGCACUAAUGCCAAACACAAGAGAGGAGAUGACGAUGAUGAAGAUACAGAAAGAGAACUGAGGGAAAAAGCUUUCUUAAUACCUUUGGAUUCUUCCCCUGGUAUGAUGCUCCAGGAUCCAAGGUCACAAUUGAGACAGUUCAGUCACAUUAAAAUGGAUAUUACCCUAACUAAACCCAACUUUGCAAAACACAUUGUAUGGGCUCCAGAAGACUUACUUCCAGUCCCUUUACCUAAACCUGACCCAGUGUCUUCAAUCAAUUUACCUCUACCCCCUCUGAUAGCUGACCAGAGGCUCAAUAGGUUAUGGAAUACAAAAAGCGACCUUCAUCAAAACACAGUGCCCACUGAUUCAAAAUUAGCAGCCAAAGCCAAAAUUAACACAACAAACAGAGAAGCCUACCUAGAACAAUUUGGAGACUUACAUAGUUCGGGAAGUAAAUUAGGAGAUCCUAGGCUGCAAAAAAAUUUUGAUCCUAGACUUCACAGACUGCAUAAUGCAGAGUCUCAUCAAGCAGUUAUGAAGGAUUCACAUACAUCAAAGAGUGCCCCUCAUUUAGCCAGAGCAAACCCUGGUUCAUCACAGCCCUCAAGGGCAGUAACUAGCAAUUCUGGUCCUGGGGUUUUGCCUCCAUAUGCUCCUAAGCUCUCAUCUUCAGCUGGCCUUCUACUGGGAACUCCGAGUUCAGUUCUUAGUGGUAUCAGUUUGUAUGACCCUAGGGAGCAUAUUUCAUCAUCAACAUCAGAACUAGCCUCAGAAAACACAGAGAACCAGAAAAAAAGUGGUAGUUUAAAAAGUAGUGAUAAAAACGAGGCUUCUGGAGAAGGAAUUCUGCCACAGAAAACCACUCCAAACGUGGACGUCACUGCUGAUGGGCCAGCUGACCCACAGGCAGAUAUUCUCCUGAGUUCUGGUAUGGUUCAGGUCCCAGCAGUGCACAGUCUUCCAAUUCAGGCACUCACAGGCUUAAUUAGACCCCAGUACAGUGAUCCAAGGCAGUCAAGGCAGCAGGGACAGGUGAGCCCCACCCCUGAUGAUGAUCCCAGUAGAGAAACAGAUGACAAAUCUCUAAAAGAGGUCUUUAAAACUUUUGAUCCAACUGCUUCACCAUUUUGUUAGCUAUUGUGUAAUUAAGCUAUUCUUUUCACUCUUGUGACUAUUGCAGUCCUCUGCUGUUUUGUAACUGGUUUACCUCUAUAGUUUAUUUAUUUUUAAAUUAUGAACACUUUUCAGCUGCUAGUAUCAGAACCACAUGAAAUUAUAUCCUCUGAAGCCUGUGGUAUUUUAUAUAAUAUUUUUAUAACUUUAAGAGACUGUAGUCAUUGACAUAGAAACGAUAUAUCAUGUUAGCUUCAGUAGAAGGACUUUUGUUGUAAAUAAACCAUCAUGAGCUCAACACUCUGCCUGGAUACAUGCCAGUUGUCUUUCAUAAUCAAUGUUUAGAUAAAUGAUUACCACUUUUAUAUGGUUGUUAGUUUCAAGCAAUAUGAUGUACAUUACUUUUGGGAAACAGUAUUUUGACUAGGAUCCUCUCUAUUUGUCAACACAGAACUGAUUAAUAUGUAAUACUAACUGCUAACUAAAAUGUAAAAUGAAGUAAAUCAUUUUUUUUAAUCACAGCAGAGCAAUUCAUGUUUAAGGGCAUCACUUUUAUUAGUAUUGGCAAUAUUAUUUGUGUAAAUGAAGCAUUUGAAUGUCCUAUCUUUGAAAAGUAUUUUAUUGUAUACUGUAUCAUAGAAGUUGGAGAUAUAUAAAUAGACUGUUUUACUAAACUGAAAAAUUCCCAAGUUCUCUAACAUAACUUUUUAAAUUUAAUUUUUCAUAUUAAAUAGUUAUGAGUUACUGCUCUGUUACAUUGUGGUGUUUGUGUGUUUCAGUGUUUUUUGUCUUUAGCAGCAUAAUUUAUAUUACUUUUUCAAAUGAUGUAGCUGCAGUAAUUGUAUUCAUCAUGACUUUGGCAAUUUUUAACACAAUUUUACAAGAUCCAGUGAGAGUCUGUAGUGAUUAUUGAAUUGAUAGUGUUUUAAAUGUCCGGGUUCUAUAUUUUUUCGUAAAUAGCAAGAAAACACAGAUUGCAGGUAGAGUCAAGUGUAUAUGACUAUGAAUAAGACGCUCAGCUCUCACCUGACUAGCAUUCUGUAGCAGAGGAACCUGCCUGGUGUUUUAAGUAUUUACUGUCCUCAGAGUUUGGAAAUUCCCUACAUUGGUUAGCAGUUGUAUUUUUAUGAAAAAUAAUUUGUACUCAUUCUUGUGUAUUUAUUGCAGUAUAUAAAUAAUCGCAGCCCUACUUGUUUUUUACCUACAUUAUUUAUAACUGAAACUAAGUAUUACACUGUAUUCAUAUCUUGAACUGGUGGUAUAUGACAGUGUUUGCUGGUAACAACUCCAGUAACUAACUCGGAAAGAAACAUUUAAUUAUAUAAGAUAAUGAAAGUAGAGGAAAUCGGUCCUUGGAUGAAAACAGCUAUCCUUUAGAAGUGAUUUUAAAAAUAUACAGCAGGAUAUUUCUGUGUGAACCUAACACUCAGAUAGCAUGUGGUUUAAUAUUAAUACAUAUCCUUUCUAUGUGCUUCUUCACUGUUUACUUUCUUUUUGCCUCUGAUUCCAUGCUAAAAUGGAGUUACAGUUAAGUGAACAAGAACUCUGCCUACCUGAGAAGUUCAUUGUGUUCUAAGUGGAAAGACAGUUGUUCAAGGGAAUGGGAAUUCCUACUGUUUAUACUUUGGUUACAUUGUUGCCUAAAAUGACUCUGGGUAACAUUUUUGGGUUAAAAAUGCAGUUUAAAGCCACCAUAGAAAGUAUUUUCAGACUUAUUGUCCAACGAACUUUAUUGUUAAAUGAAAAGUCAAUAAAAUGGAUAAAACUGACAGAAAAAAAUAUAUAUGUGUGUGUAUACAUAUAUACACACACUUAUAUUCCAGUAUAAUAUUCCUUUAUCAGGAUAAAUCAGUAAUACUGCUAAAUUUUAGUAAUUAAAUAGAAAUUUUUAGCAAAUAUUUAAUUUACUCUUGUAUUUUAUAAUUAUUGUGUUAAGUAAUGCUGUUUACUUUUAAAUAUCAUACAGAAAAAGAUAAUUUGGCUUGUUAAAGACCAAAAUGGAAUCUAAAUUCUUAACAGAAGAUCUUUUUUACUACUAAAAGAGAUGUUAAAAGAUUAAUUUAAAAGUAAGGUUUAAAAACUGUUAAUGUAAAUUAUAAUGUUCAUUUACUCAGUAUUCUUGAGCUCCUGUUACAUCAGCUAGUGUCCUAAAGGCUAUUUUACAAGAAAGGUUGAACUUGCUUUCAAAUUUAACAAUAUAUCUUAUAUAAAAAUAUUUAUGUUUAAAAUGAUGAUUUUUGUGAUACUUUUUUAUUGAGAUAACUUUUGCUUAAAGGAUGCUUUAUUAGAGCCUGUCAACCUAGAUUAUUUUAAUAUUCUUCUUUUUUCCUGUUUUCUCACCAAAAUUUAAUAAGUAGCCAUUUUCCCCAGUGAAUAAGCUCCUCUUUAAGGUGAAUUGGUGUCUUUAGGAUCCAUGUAAUCUGAUUUACACUAGUACACUGAAAAGUAUGUUAUGUCCCUCUUCUUAGAAGCUGCACAUUUAGAGAUAACAGAAAUAACUUGUGUCUUAAAAAGGUCUGGAACAGACUCAUUGGUUGACAUGUAACUUACCUAUUCAUACUGGUUUGUGACAGAAGUUUUAUAUCUGUUUGCUUUGAUAUUGAAUAGAGUGGGAUAUAUCAGGGUGUUGAAUUGGGGUGCCCAGAUGAUCAUAAUUUAUACUGAGCGACUGCUUUCUCAUAUCUUCUUUAGUUUUUGCUCCAAACUCCUGUCUCUGGAGCUUUCCCAGUUAGACCUCAUUCUGAACUUUGAAAAUGAACCAAAUGUUGGAGUAAUUUCCAACUCUGUCUGAGCAUUACAUCUGCUAUGUGGACCCUCUGUGUUAGCCAGCUGUAUGCUUUGAUUGCAGCCUAAUCAUGAAAUGAUGUUUGCUUGGGUUUCUGUUUGUCUUUGAACCUGCCACAGGACUUUAAACAGUAGUUCUUCCUUGCUAGUCCUGCUUAUUUUAAGAGAGGGCAGAAUAGUUGAUUAGUAAAGAAGUCCUGUACAAGCCUUCAUAUAAGCCACUCUGCUGAAUUAAUGAGAAGGGAGAGAGGGAGGAAGGGAGAACUUACGAGGGCUGGAGGUGAAGGACAGUGUAUUCAUAUUCUUCUUCUCAGUUGAUUUAUAAGUGUUUUAUCUCAAUGUCCAGUUCCUUAUCUGUGAAAUGAGUAUAAGUUUGCUCACAGAUUUGAUGUAAAGGGUAAAUAAUUAUUAAAUUGUUCGUAAAUGUUAAAUUGCUUUAUAACUUUCACAGACAUAAUCAUUACAGUUCCACUAGGGUGCAUUAAGUUGUACAAUUUCCAAAGUAAUAUGGUUUGUGUGGUUCACCAAUUUUAUGAAGUUUCAAAUGGUAUGCAUUGAAGACACGAUAAAUUGCCUGAGAAGAGUUUUUCAGAGAAUAUUAACCCAUCAAGUUAGCAAUUUCCUUAAACGUUUUGCGUGUCACAAAGGACACAGGACUUUCCUAUUUUAGAGCUGCCUUGACUUGUAGUGACCAUUCAAGAUCUGACCUGUCUGUCCAUUUUAUACAGGUUGGAUAUUGCUGGAGGGCUAAAAAUGGUAUGACAGUCAUGUUGCAUGAUGUGUUUGCUUACAUCUUAGCAUGUGUGGUCUGGGCGAAGUGGCCAACUCGUUCAAUAUAGGAGCCAUUGGCUCUUAGAAACAACAGGGAAAUUUACUCCCACCUCUUAGUAUAUAUUUCUGCAAGCAUGUGAUGUUGAGGUCUUUCUGAGUGACCGCUUGCUUGGUAAAGACAUCAUUUUCCUUUGGUUAAUGGCAACUUGAAGUUUGGAAGUUCCUAGGGACCUAGAUGUGAGGUCUUGUCCAAAUCUUUCUAUUUACACGACAUAGAGUCUUAGGGUGGAAAUGUGCUCCCUGAUUCACCCUUCUGGGCUGAGGGCUGCACCUUGGAUAUGGUCUGCGGGCAAGCGGUGCACUGAUAGGGCCCCAGCAACCUUCAGUAACGGGACUUUCUAAAAUGAAGACUUGUAUCUUUUCAGAAGUGGUUUGGCAGCACUUGAUAAUAUUAUUAAUGUUCAAAAUUAAGUCUAGUAGGAUGUAUGUUAUUACUUAAUUAGUUUAAAUAAGGCUUAGUUGAGGAAAUCUAAGCUUUGACAAAUGUAACCAAACAGGGCCUGAGGAUUUACAGCUGUUUCCCUCACUUGUGUGUAAUGAUUUGACAUUUGGGUAACACCUUUUCCCCAAGUGGCUUAAUGGGACUUGCAGAAGCAGUUUGGGUAGCUGCCAAUUGCUGUGUUGCUGGGGUUUUGUUUUUGAGCAUGUCAUUUAUCAGCAGUACCUGCCAGUUGUAACGAAGCCCAAAUUAACCUGCCUUUCUUGGAAAGGGUACAGACCUAAGAAAGGAUUUUAGGUUAACAUCAACAUAAUAUUUAGAAGUUUUAAUUUUUAAAUAAUAAAUAAUAAGCACAUUUUAAACUGGAUUUUAUGCUUUCGGAGGCAGGACCCAUAUGUUUCUCCUUGCUUUUCUGUUUCCCCAUAGCACCAAGCCUAUAGGCACACAGUGGGUGCUUUGUUAACUGCUUGUUGAUUACUUCCUCACACCCAUCCAAGUUUAAAUCUUACAGGUGCUGUCAGCUACUAGAGCAGAUGUGGCAGAGCCAUUCCAUGAUCAUAUUACAAAGAGUAGAACUCAUAAUUAUACCUCUCUCAGUAGACACAGGGCACCUCCCUUCUCUUUUGUUGUCUCCCCUUCGCCCACCUCACAACCAAACAAUGUGAAGGUAGGAUUAUGGCAGCUUUACUUAGGAGCGAAGUGUUUCUACAAGAAGUCAUAACUCUAAGAGUCCUCCAGACUCAAAAGAUAACUUUACUACUACAUGGUGAAAGUUUGAAUAGAUCAUAGUUUACUCCUGUAGAUCUAUGAAGGAUUCUUUCUGUAACCAGAGGGAACUUUAGAACCAGCCUUAUAUUUUUAUUUUAAAAUAUAUUUCUCUAAUUUCCCCCUUCCUGUUCUCCUCAAAAUAUCAACCAAAAUUAUGAAAAUGUGCCUAACCUAGUGACUUUCCAAUAGCAUUUAAAAUUACUUUUCUCCUAACACCAUGAACAGUUAUUCACCCCUUCGAGUCAUGAAUUGGACACUAAAUUUGGGUCUUGGGUCAGGUCCAUAAACACCCUUCAUCACCCUUUGGAAUAAAACCAGCAUGUGCUACAGUUGGCAAAAUCAUCGUGGGCAUAAAGAAAAUCCGUUUCUUCAAACGAGAUUGCGAGUUCUUGGAAUAGUAUUUUAUAGCAUUGUUUAUCCUUGAAUCUCUUGUUUUUUAAGUGUAGAAUUUAUAAGAAAAAAGUUAUUAUACAGCUAACUAUAGCAUUUUAGAAGAAAAUCAGCUCUGUGAAUCAUCAGGCUCCAUACUUCUUGGCUCGUUACUCUACUGAUUUUGAUCCCUCCAUGAGGGGAUUAAGGUUGGGAGGAGCGGUGAAAUUUAUGUUAGUUGAUAUUAUUUUAUCAGAGGUCUCAUAUAUGGUUUAUUGUAAAGGAAUUAAAUAUAUAGAGGCCUAAUUUUUAACAAAUUAGCCAUGUUGUUCCAAACCUCCAUUAUGAGCAUUAUCUUGGGGUUAGUUGUCAAUGAUAGACUUUACAUUUUAUAUGCUUUUUAAAUAGAGAAGGUGAAAAAUAAUAAAGUAAUCAUUAUUACAGGUAAGUGGUUUUAGUCACCUCUAUUUUACAAAUGUGUGCCCUCCAAAUGCUUGAGAGGGAAGUCAAAUAAGAUAGGAAAGUAUCUUUUUAGGAGGUUGAAUGAUGUUUCCUUAUAAAAAUGACAAUCAAGAAAUAGUCAUUUGUAUACUUAAUUGCCAAAGUUUUAAAAAAUUUUACAUUCCUUACCCUAAACCCAACUGCUCUCCCAUCCAGGAUUCAGAAAGGGCUCAGCAUAGAUCCAGGGUCCCAGGGCCCAGGUCAUUUCGUUUUUAGUCUAGGCCUUCUGUGCCUGCAUGUGGCAAGGGCAUUGAUGGCACCUGUGUCCUAGGACACAGUGUGUGUGUGCGUUUGGAGGCAGGGGCUGUGCCCAGACUUAUAUUCACCCCUUUCUAUCAGAUCCACAAGUACCACCUGUGGGCUGAAAUCCAGGUUAAGCCUAUUCAGUAUCAGGUAGUUUGGGUUUUUUUUUAAACUUCUUAGUGUUAUUCACUUCCCCAAAUUCUAUCUCAAAUGUUGGGAAAUGCUACCUUGACUGUUUCACUUUGGAAGGUUUUAGUAGAUACCAAUUUAAUAGGGCAACUAAAUUGUUAAUCUCCUGUCUGUUCAAGAGAUACCAGCAAAGGAUGUAUUUUGCAUAAUUCAUAAAUUAUUCAACUUAUGGACUAACGAAUCACUCGAUAAAAUCAGGAAUAUCUCUUAUUCCUUCUCAUUUACCCAUAACUUUUCCAAGUUACAUUCUGUUGUUACAAGUUUCUGUAAUUUUUUUCUGUGACACCUUUCUAUUGUCUAACUUUAAAUAAAAGUGUUUCUAAUAA